UCAAAAACCAGAUCACCAGGUAAAAUCUUAUAAUAAAACCUUGUUACCACUUUAGAGAUUCAUCACUAAAUUAUAAUGAGAUUUUGCCAGAAUCACUGAAUGUUUAUCUUGACAAUAUCUAGGCUCAGGUUGAAUUAAGGUCACCAGCGUCCAACUACUAGGUCAAAUGGUCAAAUCUUAAAUCGUUUUUACUUCAAAUUUUCAUAUUAACUUUACGCUCAACUUUGGAGGAGAAAUGGAAGCUGCUAUCAUCAUUUCUGAAGGUGAAGGGGCUUGUCAAGCAACACAUAGACUCGUUCAACUACUUCAUCAACGCAGAUGUAAAUACAGCUGUAUUCAAGAUCCCAUACUUAGCGGCAUUGAAAUACAUUGGCAACCGUAUCCGCAACGUCGUAUGUGGGGCGGUCCAAAUGAGACAAAAGUAGACGAGGCGAGAGAUGUCUUACAUGGGGUCAUCCUAUCUCAUGUGCAUCUGAAGAAGAUAGCAGAUGUAACGAUCCCCAAACCCAGAGCGGCCCAGUUUGACAUCGUGAAGCAUAUGCGUCAGGACCAGAUUACAAACGGCUUUGUUCAGGGUAACUGGACGAUCAAGUGAUUCAGGAUGGACCGUGCAGGUGUCACUCAGGUCCUCACACGUCUCUCCUACAUCUCAGCACUUGGCAUGAUGACCAGGAUCUCGUCACAGUUUGAAAAGACGCGUAAAGUGAGUGGACCCAGGUCCCUACAGCCCUCACAGUGGGGAAUGCUGUGCCCAUCUGACACACCAGAAGGGGAGGCUUGCGGGCUUGUAAAGAACCUUGCCUUGAUGACCCACAUCACCACAGACCAUGACGAGGGCCCGAUCAUCCGCCUGGCGUUCAACCUCGGCGUGGAAGACAUCCAGCUUCUGAGUGGCGCUGAAAUCACCAGCAAAUACGUCUUCACUGUGUUCCUUAAUGGUAAUAUUCUUGGUGUCAUCUGUAACUACAAGCGCCGUGAGGACCUUUAG